AUGCCCAACAACGCCUACAAGGACCUCGAAGAUGCGUAUGCGGCCGACGCCGACCUGUCCUCGAAGAACGUAGUCUACACCGCCACCAAUGGUGCUCCCAUCGCUCACCCCUACGCCAGCCAGCGGGCGGGUUCCAAUGGUCCACUCCUCCUACAGGACUUCCACCUAAUCGACCUCCUGAGCCACUUUGACCGCGAGCGUAUCCCCGAGCGCGUCGUACACGCCAAGGGUGCGGGGGCCCACGGCGAGUGGGAGUGCACCGAAGACUUCAGCGACGUCUGCCUCGCAGACCUGUUCAAGAAGGGUACCAAGUGUCCCGUUACCAUACGGUUCAGCACAGUUGGCGGAGAGAGCGGCUCGAGCGACCAGGCGCGCGACCCGCGCGGUUUCGCUGUCAAGUUCCGAACGGCCGAGGGUAACUGGGACUAUGUAGGCAACAACACGCCCAUUUUCUUCCUCCGGGACCCCGCCAAGUUCCCUCACUUCAUCCACACGCAAAAGCGCGACCCAGCCACCCAUCUCGGCGGUGGCGACGACUCGACCCUCUUCUGGGACUAUCUCAGCAACAACCCAGAGUCGGCUCACCAGGUCGUCUACCUCUUCGGUGACCGUGGCAUCCCUUACGGCGUUCGCUACAUGCACACCUACUACGGCCACUCCCUCAAGCUCAUCAACAAGGGCGGCGAGUGGGUGUACGCCCAAUUCCACCUCAAGUCAGACCAGGGCGAGAAGAACCAGACGGAUCCCGAGAAGGCGCUCCGCGAGUCGCCCGACCUCAUGCAGAAGGACCUCAUUGAGGCCAUCAACAGGAAAGACUACCCGUCGUGGACUUUGAGUGUCCAGCUCAUGACACCCAAGCAGGCCGAGGAGGCGUGGGAGGAGAAGGGCAUCAAUGUCUUUGAUCUUACCCACAUCUGGCCCCACAAGGACUAUCCCCUCCGCAAGAUCGGCAAAAACUACUUUGCGGAGGUCGAGCAGGCCGCGUUCAGUCCGUCGCACAUGGUGCCUGGCAUCGAGCCUUCCGAGGACCCAGUACUGCAGUCGCGUCUCUUCUCGUACCCCGACACUCACCGCUACCGCCUUGGUACCAACUACCAGCAGUUGCCGGUCAACCUGCCGCGCACGUCGUACCCCAUGGGCAACUUCCAGCGUGACGGUUCCAUGGCUUUCUUCAACCAGGGCGGGCGGCCCAAUUACCUCUCCACGAUCGACCCGAUCCAGUACAAGGACCGCAAGGUGAACCUGGACGCCGUACAUGCCAAGUUCAUCUCCAACGCCAUCGUCUUCCUCUCGACCGUCCGACCCGAGGAUUUCAACGCUCCCCGCGCCCUCUGGGAAAAGGUGUACAACGAGGAACAGCGAGAGCGUCUUAUCAAGAACAUGUCGCAGCACAUGUCGACGGUUCGCGACAAGUCGAUCAUCGAGCGCCAGAUCGGCAUCUUCCGUGCCGUCUCUGAGGACCUAGCAAGUCGCCUCGAGAAAGCCACGGGCGUCAAGGGCCUCGAGACGCUCAAGGGCGUCACUUUCAAUGGCUCGCAUAACGGAAUGGGCGGCGAGGACGUCAUUCCUGCCAAUAACCUGCCUCGCAAGGACGAGAUCAGCUUUGAGAACGGCGGUCCUGGUGAGACGGCCCAUCCCAAGUAUACCUGA